AUGGUUGAAAACUUGGCCGAGCCUCGAUGUGUGCUUAUUACGGGCGGUUGUGGUUUUAUUGGAUCGAAUUUUAUAAAUUUCAUUGCGGAUCGUUGGAAAUCUUCCAGGAUAGUCAAUUACGACAAAUUAGCAUUUGGAGCUUCACCUCAUCACGUUGAGAAGCGAAUCCGAGAGUCUAGCAGGUACACAUUUAUCGAAGCUCGUCUUGAGGACCAGGAUAUUCUUGACAGAUGUUUGCAUGAGCAUCAGGUGGAUAUGGUUAUUCACUUUGCCGCUAUUACUCACGUUGAUGAAUCGUAUACGGAUCGUGUAGGAACGAUUCAGGAUAAUGUCAUAUCGACAACAACCUUACUAGAAAGUAUUAUGAACAGAAACUAUAAAGGGGUGAAACGACUCGUUCAUAUAAGUACGGACGAGGUAUACGGUGACUCAUUUGAUGAUGCUACUCCUAAAACUGAAGACUCAUUACCAAAUCCAACAAAUCCCUAUGCAGCCAGCAAAGCUGCAUGUGAAGUGAUAAUUAGGUCUUACUGGCAUUCAUACAAACUUCCUUACGUUAUGGUCCGCAUGAAUAAUGUAUAUGGACCCCGUCAAGCUUGUACAAAACUUAUACCGAAAUUCACAAAAUUGGCGUUGGAGGGAAAGCCAUAUCCCCUGAUGGGAGAUGGAUUGCAUACACGAAGUUGGAUGUAUGUAGAAGACUGCUCGGAAGCAAUCAGAAGGGUUGCCGAGGACGGUCAGCUGGGGGAGGUGUACAAUAUUGGGACGGAUUUCGAGAUGACCAACAUCGAUCUGACGAGGAAAAUCCACGACAUCGUCAACAAACUGCAAAAGCGAAAAGAAUCGCCCCCUUCUUUUGUGCCAAUACCGGACCGGCCGUACCACGAUCGCCGAUAUUACAUCGAUUUUUCAAAGAUCAAAAAAGCGAUGGGCUGGCAGUGUACGACCCCGUUCGAGGAAGGUCUAAUGAAGACGAUCGAUUACUACGUAAAACACGGCAAACACGAGAAGGUGACGUCACGUCUCCAUGGAUAA